AUGCAUCACCUUAUUUUCAAUGCCCCGAAAACCACCGUACCGGCUUUAUGCGUCGCCGCAUGCGAGCUUGUCGGCGGUGAACGUCACGAAGCUAUAUCCGCUGCUUCAGCUUUGUUAAUAAUGGAGGCAGCUACUUAUACUCACGAGCAUCUUCCACUCACAGAUAGGCCCAAGCCCGAGUUCGGGAUGAAUCAUGUUUAUGGGCCUAACGUGGAGCUUCUAACUGGCGAUGGAAUUGUACCGUUUGGAUUUGAACUGUUAGCUAGAUCCGACAAUGGAGAAAAUUCGGAGCGGAUCUUGCGGGUGAUGGUUGAGAUCUCACGGGCUGUGGGCUCAAGAGGGGUCAUAGAUGCGCAGUACAGGAAAACCAUGGAUACUAGAUCGGACAGUGAGGAGAUGUGCCACGUGGAAGAAAUCAAACGUGUGGUGGAGAAAUAUGAAGGUGGGUUUCAUUCGUGUGGAGCAGUAUGUGGAGGUGUGUUGGGUGGGGGAAGUGAAGAGGAAAUUGAGAAAUUGAGAAAAAUUGGAUUGUAUGUUGGAAUGAUUCAAGGCAUGGUAAAAAGGGGAUUCAACGAAGGUAGAGAAGUGAAGGAGGCAAGAAAUUUGGCACUACAAGAAUUGAAAAUUUUCAAGGAUAAAGAGGUUGAUGCAAUUCAAAUUUUAUUGAAUAUAUAA